UUCAGAAUGAAGAUUCACUUUGAGCCCUUGAUUGAUUGAUUCCUCCUAUUUACGUCCGAUCGCUUUCUGUUCAAGUGUUCAUAUAAAAGUUAUUUAGGCAUCGCUCGUGCAUUAGCCAUUAAGCCUGAAUUUUUCCAUCACGAUUUCACAACCAUCGCGAACGCACUGUUGAGUCCUCCCUGACCUAACAGAAGCCCGCACGCGCCAUGCUGCUGUACGGCGACGAGGGCUCGGUGUGCGUGUGGAACUCUGUGGACGUCCUGGUCGAGGGCCAGCUGCAGCACGGGCGCGUCAUCAACGUGGCCGACGGAGGCCUCAUCAUCGAUUUCCAGUGUGCCUCGCAGCGCGCGCAGUUCGUCGCGUACGGCCGCAUAUUUCGCUGCUACCCCAACUGGCUGAUCCCCACCGAUGACGUGCAGGUGCUGCUGCGCCGCCGUGCGGACGCUGCGUGGCUGUGGUACCCCGGGAACGUGGUCGAUCUGGACUUUGAGGACGCCAAUUGCGUGGAGGUGUCCCUGCCGCACGGGACGGUCCGCGAGCUGCUCCCCUGGGAGCAGGUGCGCCCGCCCCUUUCCCAUGUGGAUCUGGAGGAGCGGCGGGUGAUGCCUGGGCAUUUCGUGGUGCGCUGGUGUCGCCUGGCCGUCCCCCAUUGGGCGGGGGUGUCGCAGCGCGUCGGGCAGAUCUUCCGCUGGGAACUGCAGCGACGGUGCGACGCGUUGUGUAUAUGCGUGAAGAACCAGACGAUGGACUAUCUCCAGAGACAGAUCGACAAUCCGUUGACAACUGAACAGGUGGAAGGCGUCUACAAACUGGCGCGGAUGGCGAAGAGGAGCGAUGUGACCUCCGGGCCGAUUGUGCCCGUAUUCCCCCACAGAGUAGUGCCCAGUGUGGCGCCGCUCCGUCGCAAGCGCAAGCUUUCCGGCGGUGAUCGCGACGGUGUACCGCUGUCGGUGGAGCUGUUGGUGGAGAUCUUCCAGUCGCUGAAUUCCCUCGGCCGCGUCCGUUGUCGGCGUGUCUCUUCGCUGUGGAACGCUCUGCUCACCACCGACGCCUACUUCCCCGAUGUCCGCGUCUCCGGGCAUUGGCUGGAUUACGAUGCUCUGCAUUAUGCGGAGCAUACGACGUACUGGGCGGCGGUGUGCCUGCUGAAAUGCCUCCGCCACGCCACCAAGACGGUCGUGCUUAGUCAUCUCGAUGUGUCCGAAUGGCGCGAACUGACCGCCGUUAUCAACUACAUCCGCCCAGCCCGGCGCCUGCCGGUGCUGGUGUUGUGCGGGUGUGAUCUCGGGGAGCCCUUCGACUGGGCCAAGGACGUCAUCGGGUCCACGGCGCAGCUGGCCGUGCAGUCCGGCUGCCAGCGCCUGGUGUGGGUCAACUGCCGUUUCGCCGAUCGCGCCCUGCAGGCGGUGGUCACGCAGCACGCCUUCCGCGUCCAGUCGCCGGAGGCAAUGGAGGUGCAGUUGUGGGAUCUCUUGGAGAGCAGUCUGCAGCUGCAGAAGCCGCUGGAUCGGUCGGCCAUCGCGCAGUGGAUCGCGGAGUCGGUUGCGCAGCAGCGCAACUACGAUAUUGAGAUGAUUUUGCUGGGCCUGUGGAAUUACCAGAGCGCGGACCCGCGUCCGGCCACUCCCUACCGCGGCCGGGAAUGGACGGCGUCGAUGCUGGCCCAACUGGACGCCACGCAGUUGACGACGCUGACCACGGCGUAUCUGCACGAUUGGUUGGAUGAGCGAGUGGCUACCUGAUUGCUGGCUGCGGGGGGCAGCAUUCCACCGGCUGGCUUUCGUUGAGCACGCGGCUUGUUCCUGUUGAGCGUCUUUCCGGUUCCUGUUAAGAGCGGUGUUACGUAGCGCGCAGAUGCGAUAGAAAGCAGAAUUCCUGCUUACUGCCGGGUUAUAAGCGCAUUUCUGAGAUGUGAAUUGUGAAGAAAAUGCAAAAUACAAAUUGGGUAACAUUAAAUGAAGUAGCGACCACCGGCCAGAAACGGGCGAAAUAGUUUUUUAGACAGCGGUUUUCUAUCUAAAUGCAACGGGGAAACGCGAUAUGUGUUAUGAAUACAAUCCCCGAGUAGGAUAGCAUUAGAGAAGUGGUUUUGAUACAAAUCUCGUUUUUUUAGUGCUCAUUUGUACUAACAUGCGAUAUCCAUUAAAGGUCACCUCAAUGAA